AUGUAUAUACAUCUUAAUUUGGGUUUAGGAGACUCACACACCCAUUUCACCUGGAACGGGGGUGACCUGAAUCGACUUGGUACUCUUGGCGUCGAGGAGCAUACGCUUCUCACUGCGAGAAGUGCUGAAUGCUUCUUGGAUUCCGGGUACACUAUGUGUUUCGUAGCUGCAUCUGCUAAGAAACGCCUUGAUGUCGUUAUUAGGGAGGCGAUCAACGCAGGGGAUAUUCCGGGGCCCCGCUUCUUAGCAAAUGGCCAAGAAAUGGCACGGACAAGGGGAGAGCUAGUUGGAGGAAUCACUGCCUACGCGAAUGGCCCAGAAGAAAUGAGAGAGGUCACAUCAGUAUCCAUCACGGAGAUUCGAGAUGCGGAAGAUUGCUAUUUCACACCAGAAGAGACCGCAGCAUGUGUCGACGAGGCUCAUAAACAUAAGAAGCGGGUCUGCUCACAUGCUCGAGCUCGAGACUCUGUUCAACAGAGCAUUGAUUGUGGGGUGGACGUGAUCUAUCAUGCCUCUUAUAUAGAUGAAAAUGGCAUGGACGCCCUUGAAAAGAAAAGGUCGAAGCACGUAGUGGCACCUGCUAUUAACUGGUUGAUCGCCACACUUGAAGACGCCGUGAUGUUUGGCUAUUCCACAGAAAAGGCUGAACAGAUGCAUCGAAGAGGAAUUGUGGUUCUCCCUGGAGGCGAUUAUGGGUUUGCAUGGACCCCACACGGUACUUAUGCGCGCGACCUCGCGCAUUUCGUCAAUCGUUUUGGCUUCACACCACAUGAGUCGAUCAUCGCAGCAACAUACGGUAUGGCUAAGUUAUUCAUGCGCUCACAUGAAAUGGGCCAUAUCAAAAAGGGCAACUAUGCGGACUGUUUGGUCGUCGAUGGAGAUCCAUUGAAAGACAUCUCCAUCCUCCAAGACCAUGAUCGGUUGAAUAUAAUUAUCAUCAAUGGCCGUGUCCACAAGGCAGGAGUCAAGGAGUAUGUGAUCCCUAUACAAGAUUCGACGGGCGUCCAUUCUAUGACGAAUGAAAUGGGUCAUUUGAAAUUACAACGCCCGAUUCAAUCAUCUUGA